GAAAGAAACUUCAAAGUAGCUCGACAAGUUUUCUUUUGAGAGUAUGCUACAGAGCGGUACUCCUGGCCGGGUUAUGUCAAGUUAAACUUUUAUCUUCAGACGUCACUGGGUGAUACAGCUAGUUUGGGCCUGUCCCGUUAACGUUGGGCUAGUUGGGAGUUAACGUUACGCCAAACAAUGCAUAUGCUAGCGUCAAACGGAUCCAUAAUGGACUUGGACUCGGAUUUGGUGAAAAUUAAAGCACACUACUGUGGGGACAUGUUAAUCACAGACUUGGCAGCCACGGUAACCUUUGUGGAGUUGCGUGAGGAGGUGAGGAUGAUGUGCAGCGUUGCCAAGCAGCAGCCCAUCACACUCAAGUGGAUCGAUGAUGAAGGGGACCCUUGUACUAUCUCGUCUCAGAUGGAGCUAGAGGAGGCAUUUCGUAUUUACAAUCGAACCAAGAAGUCUGGAUUACUGCUGCAUGUGUUCCCCAGUAUCCCGGAGAGGCCUGGCAUGCCCUGCCCUGGAGAGGACAAAUCGAUCUAUCGCCGCGGGGCCAGAAGAUGGAGGAAACUCUACCGAGUCAACGGACACCUCUUUCAGGCCAAGCGCUUUAACAGGAAAGCCUACUGUGGCCACUGUAGUGAAAGGAUAUGGGGGCUGGGCAGGCAGGGCUACAAGUGUAUCAACUGCAAACUGCUGGUCCAUAAGCGCUGUCACCGACUCAUCCCUCAGACCUGCCAAAGGCUUAUGGAUCCAGCCAUGCCAUCACAGGAGCCCCCUUCAGAUGCCAAGAGUGAAGAAGUUGACCUUCCACCAGAUGACACAGAGGACACAGAUGGAAUAUCUUUUUUACCACACAACUGUACAGUGGAUAAAACAGAAGAUGCAGAUAACGAGGACAUCAAAGCAGUAGUGGAUGGCAUCGAUGGCAUUAAGCUCUCCCCGGGCCUGGCUCUCGGGCUGGGUGACUUCGACCUGAUCCGAGUGAUCGGCCGUGGAAGCUACGCCAAAGUCCUGCUGGUUCGGCUAAAGAAAAACAAGCAGGUGUAUGCCAUGAAGGUGGUGAAGAAGGAGCUGGUCCACGAUGAUGAGGAUAUUGACUGGGUACAGACAGAGAAGCACGUGUUUGAGCAGGCGUCCACCAAUCCAUUCUUAGUAGGCCUCCACUCCUGUUUCCAGACAGAAAGUCGGUUAUUUCUAGUGAUUGAAUAUGUGAACGGCGGGGACUUGAUGUUUCAUAUGCAACGACAAAGGAAGCUCCCUGAAGAACAUGCAAGAUUUUAUGCUGCUGAAAUCUGUAUCGCUCUGAACUUCCUGCAUGAAAAGGGCAUAAUCUACCGUGACCUGAAGCUGGACAAUGUUCUCUUGGAUCAUGAGGGACACAUCAAGCUCACAGACUACGGCAUGUGCAAGGAGGGGAUCAGACCAGGUGACACCACUAGCACCUUCUGUGGAACACCCAACUACAUUGCACCUGAGAUCCUGAGAGGAGAGGACUACGGCUUCAGUGUGGACUGGUGGGCUCUGGGUGUGCUGAUGUUUGAGAUGAUGGCUGGGAGGUCUCCAUUUGACAUUAUCACCGACAAUCCUGACAUGAACACAGAGGAGUACCUCUUUCAAGUUAUUCUUGAGAAGCCCAUUCGCAUCCCAAGGUCUCUGUCGGUGAAAGCUGCCAGCGUGCUCAAGGGCUUUCUAAACAAGGAUCCCAAGGAGCGGCUGGGUUGCCAGGUCCAGACGGGCUUCACAGAUAUCAAGUCACACACAUUUUUCCGAAGUAUAGACUGGGACCAGCUGGAGAAAAAAGAGGUAACACCGCCCUUCAAACCUCAAAUCACUGAUGACUACGGCCUCGAAAACUUUGACACGCAGUUUACUAAUGAACCAGUGCAGCUAACACCAGAUGAUGAGGACGUCAUCAAGAGAAUAGACCAGUCAGAGUUUGAGGGAUUUGAAUACAUCAACCCCCUGCUGCUAUCCACAGAAGAGUCUGUAUGAAGGGGAGACCAGCUUCCUCCUUCGCCCACCUACUGUCUGUCCAAGCUGCUGUCUCAGCCAAAAAACACUCGCAAGCCAACUCUGAAAGGCGAGGAGGAGGAGGAAGAGUAAAGGACAACAGGGAGGACGAACUCACCCUCUGGACCUUGUCAACAAGGCGAAGGAAACUGGAGAACGGGAACGUUUCCUUCCUGGCGAUUCCGAUUGUUUUGUUGGGAUACCAAUUCUUCUUUUCUUGGUAUCUACAAGGAAAACAAAGACGCUGGACUUCAAGAACAUUCCCUGUUGUUAUGUUGUCUUCCCCUUUUCUUUUUCUUUUUUUUUUCUCCUUCGGCUUCAUUCCUUUCUCCUCUCAGAAUGUCCAUCCUCAUGUUGAAGCACGGCCAGCUUUGUAAUUUAAACAGAGAGCUGUUUCAUUCUGUGCCUGCCAUCAUGAACACAUUUCAUCCCGAGUCACAUCCCUGGAUUAAUAUGACAGUUCUGCUGAAGAACUUGAAAUUUUAACGUGCACUUUUUUUUUUUUUGUUUUUUUUUUUUUCUAUCUUGUAGGGGGAGGGCGACGGCUCACACAAAACAAGAAUGUACAAUGGCGAAGGAAAAAAAUAAGUUAUUAUUGUGUAUUAUAAUAUAGGUAGUGAAUCCAGAAUUGACGAUGCCUUUUUAUUGAUGCAAGUGGCACAUUUUCAUCGUAACCACAAAGAUUUCUUUUUGUUAUCUUUUAGGAUUUUCACAAACAACGUGGGGGUGGGGUGGGGGGGUGACUUUUUAUUUAAGAAGUGCCUCAAAGAUCAUAUUAAUUACCAUGUCUCUGAUUGCACUUAUCUCUUAUUGAACAUCUCUUCACCCAUCUUGGCGUCAGAAGGUAAAGACCAACUGAAACCAUGGAUAGACUAAUCCAUAAUGGGGGUUGGUCCAGACCACUCAAAUUUUUAGUGGAAUCAAUAUUUUUGGAGCAGUCUGCCUCAGUCCUGACACAUGACUGAAUCUUUUUAUUUUUAAUGAAUCAAUUGAAAUAACCACAACAGAUUGUUUAUGACUGGUCUAUAGAUUCACAGCAGCCGCAUCCAAGCAUCCAGCUUGAUGUUUCAAUGUUUUUGUUUUUUUUCAUGUCACAGAUGGGUGUCGUGAUGCACUCAGUAUAAAGGUUUAGGCUAUACAGGCCACAGUAUACUUGCUGCCAAUCACAGUUUGGCAGCUUUAGGAACACAUUAUAUCAGGACUUCAGCUAAAAAACAAAGCAGUGCAUUGGCUUCAGCCUCCACAGUGUGGACAGGCUUGCUGGCCGAGCUCAGAUUCUUCGACACCAGCUGCCACUGCGUGACCAUCUGCAGCCAGUCAAAAAUAUCAUGUGACCGGUUGGUUGUGCUGUCUUGUGGAAAUGUGUCUCCAUUUCCAUUUUGGGCUCAUCGUGUGUUUCCAUCUCCGUAUUAAGGCUCGCUUUACGCGGUGCAACUACAGCUCUGUGCGGCUUAAAGGGACAGUUCACCCCCAUAACAAAAAUACAUUAUUUUCCCUUUUUUUUUAAUCAGUCUAGAUUGUUUCGGUGUGAGUUGCAUAGUGUUGGUGAGAGUGGCCAUAGAGAUGCCUGCCUCCUUUCCAGUACAAUGGAACUAGAUACAGUGUUUCCCCCAGAAAUAGAUUCUGUGUGAUGUGGUGGCAGAUGGGGGGUAGGGUUUUUUUGGGCCUGUGAACGCAGCACAAGCGGAACUUUUAAUAACUUUUCAAGCUGUUUAAUGAUCAUAUUCAAGACUUCCUUUCGAUCAGUUUGUUGUCGAAUCGAUUAGAGCUGAUCAGAUUAGAUCGAUGGAUGGAGCAGCGGCUGCAGAGGUGAAUGACAGCAAACACAUGUAAACUACAUGGGUAUGCAGUCAGUUUCAUCUGAAGUAGUUUGUAAAAACAAUAGGUAACACUAAAACUAUAUAAAUGAACAAACAGUUCAAAAUUAAAAAAUCUAGAUGUGGAAGUGGAUGCUGAUGUCAAAUACAUAAAUGUGUGGGAAACCCUGUAGAUGCCACUCAGCUUGUGGUGCUCAAAGCACCAAAAAAAAUAUGAUCGAUGAGCUAGCAGUAGAUGCAGACUUCUUCUGUGCAGGGAUGCAGUUGGCGGGUAUAGUUCAGUAGAAAAAAAAUAGUUCCAACAUGAAACUGCUCACAACAAGGUCUGUAGAUUAUCUUGAAUUAGCGGGUCAUGAUUUCUGGAAAGAGACAUUGCUGAUGAGUUUUUCAAAUGUAAGUUUUUGGUGCUUUGAGCACCACAAGCUGAGUGCCAUCUAGUUCCAUUAUAUUGGAGAGAAGGCAGACAUCUCUACAGCUGAUAUCUCCUACAACGAGCAACUCACACUGAAACAAUCUAGACUGAUUAGCAGCACCACAGGUAAGAGGAAAAUAUGUUUUUUGGAUUUUGGGGUGACCUGUCCCUCUACGUUGUUACAUUGUUCCUUUGGUUAUAUACAUCCAAUGAAAUUACUAAUCUCCUGUUGUAGGAGGACAUCAUUCUAAAAUUAUUAAAGAUCUUAACAUCUUUAGUUUUAAUAUUGUUUUAUUUCUAAGAGGAUAAAAGGUUUUUAGCGAUCCAUCAGAAAUGCUUCAGGCCAGCAUAUAAUGUAAACACAUUUGCACUGGUGACUGUCGCGUUCAAGCAAAGGACAGCAUUCUGUCAGCAGUGAUGUUGAAUGAGCAUCAAGAAACCAAAAGACAGAGCAGAUAUGCAGUUCAGUUUCACUCAUUAGACAGGAAUCCUAUCAAAGUUUCACUUGAGUCAUACGUGUCCUUUUAUUAUGUUUCAUCACAUGGAGAGUAAUACAGUGAUUCUCUACAUAUGUUAAAGGUAGGGUCUGGAGGAUUUUCCAGUUGCUGUUUGUAAACACACAUUCAAAUUUGGCCCCUCCUGUCAGGCUCAACUCUCCCGGGUGUACGGAGCCCGGAGGUACGGAAGAAGGCUUCACAGAAGAGGUUCAGGCAAGGCUCGCGCUGGUGCACGCUCGGGCACGGCACCUGCGCUCUCUCAUUGGAAAUCUCCGCCCAGAAGCGGUCCGAGCUCACAAAAACAUCAAAAUACAGUUAAAGGGCAGGAGCUCUGCAAACAGAGUCACCACCACACAUGAGUAGAAGCCCAUAGGUGAUGAUUAAGCAGGAUUUCAUUUGUAUAUAUCUAUAUUUUCUUUUGUUUGAAAAUCCUCCAGAUCCUACCUUUAAUGCUGGCAUUUGUUUUUUUCUUCACUUCAAAAUGAAGUAGCCGUUCAACAUAGUUCUCUAACAAUAUAACUGAGUUAACUGACAGACAAUAACUGCAAUGUGUGAUGGAUGUUUUUAGACAUUUUGAAGGUCCAGUGUGUAGGAUUUAGGGGGAUAUUUUGGCAUAAAUACAAUAAUGAGCAGUUUACAUCUACAUUUGGCCACAGUCCUCUUCCACAGAGUCCUCCAUGUUGUUCUACAGUAGCCCAGAACGAACGAACAAACACUGGCUCUAUGCAGGGCCAUUCAGGUUUCGAGUCAGCCACCGUAGUUCUCCCACACACUUGGCACAUGUGAGGAGUUUCAGUUAAUUGCAACUUCACCACUAGAUUCCACUAAAUCCUACACUAGACAUUUAAUACUUUAAAGGUGCAGUCAGCGAUUCUAAUCCAAUACACUUUUUAUUUAAUUCAGUGAGUGAGUAUCUCCUCAUGGUCCACUAGCUGUGCAUUUUGUGUGUACGCUGAAAAAAAUCCAGUGUUCAUACACAGCCCUGGUUCUGUAAAUGUGAAACAAACUAAGUUAUUCAGACCUAGCUACACAACACUAUUGCACUGUGCCUGUACACAGCACAGGGUAAAGGCCAUGAUGUAUAAGGAGAAAAACAGUGGGAGCAAGGGACGCCAGACAGAGCUUCUGAAGGAGCAUUUAGGAGAGGGGUGUAUUUGUUUGGGUGUUGGGUUCAAAUAUUAACAGUCUCUCCAGAAUCACCAACUCCACAAUUAAUAACUAAAAAACACUAACACGGGCGUCAUAUGUCGUCAUUAUGGGGAAAAGAGUUAAGGGGACAGAUGUGUGGAUGACAGAUGACCACGCUGGAGAUGAAUCUAAAUCCCAAUCCCAGGUGUUGAACCACGUCCACCCCUCUGGACUGGCUCUGGAUUUAAAAACUGCUUUAAUACUUCACCACAUGCAUUGAACUAGUCAGGAAAAUGGCCCCAGGUCCAGGAAAAGAACUGCAGUAACACUCCCCACCAUAUUAUACUCUCCACAUCCGCCCGGCCACAUGACUUCAUUUCAUACCUGUCAAUGUCUACGAGGACUUGUUAUGUACAGUCUAGAAUGUGUAACUAUGCAGACUGUACACACCAAGAAACGUGAACACAUCUGUGUAUGCAGACAGCCAGUGUAGUAUUAACAGAAGCUGAUGUGUAUCAUCUGCUGUCUGUCUUUGUGUUGUGUUAAUGAAGCUCAGUCCUUCUUGAGCCUGUUUAUACCUGGUAUUAAGAUGCAACUUGGGUCAUUCAGUCUUAGGUGAACAGUGCUAACUACAAGUGUAAAUGACCACCAAGACACUUGGUGAGCCAAUUACUCAAACCUUUUGCCGAGGUGGUCUGGGACACAUUUGACCACAUCUUUUGUAAUGUAAAGUCUAAUGUGUCCUGAAGCGUCCCCACUAAGGACUUUGUCAUUGAUGCAGGACGUGCUGGUUGCUGUGACACCAUGCUGACGCUCUUUAACUUGCCCAAUUUACGACAAGUUGGAUGAAGUGUUGUGGGACUGUCCAUCAUUUUGCCCUGUGAAAGCAGGCAUUUUGAACUCUGCUGACAGCAAUAUCUGCAGCUGCACCAACACAAAUGCUAACCUGACUAGCGAGCAUGCUAGUGAGAGUGUGGAUGUAAUAACUGUGCACGGGGCCCUUUGACUUUAUAGUUUAAGUGUUGUAGGCAGUAACAAAAUCUGAACACAAGUGGUCAGCUGGAGAUGCAUGAUAGACACAGGUGUGAAUGUUGAUGUGUCUCAGCUGUCCACCUGUGUUUGGAUCACUGAAACGCAUGAAUACAGGAAUACCUCACCCACAAAGUGACCAUUUAUAAAUCAAUUAGUCAACUUUGUUAUUUUUGCAGGCCUCUACUGGAUACGACUGGAUAAAUGAAACUUGGAUUAUACUGAGCAAGUUGUGUGAGACAUUUUAAAUGGAUGUUUUGUUAUAGUUUUGCUGUUCCCAGCAAACUUUUGGUCCCCAGUCAAUCAGUAAAUCAAUGUGUUCGCCAUUUUCCUUGGAGGCAUGCAAGAAAAACGUUUGUUAGGGGGUUUUUUUCCCGUAAUUUUGAGGUAACACAACAUGACUUAUUUACAGUUAGGUUUUUUUUUGUGUGUGUGAGGUAUUCCUUUAAUACCAGGUGUAAACAGGCAUUUUAAGUGCUGACUGAAAUGCAUCCAUAACAUCAACUAAUGAAAACCUUUUUAAUUAUUUGACCACAAAUAAUUAAAAACUUCAGACAGGUGUUUUUUUUAAGUUUUGAAGAAGUUCUGCUUUAGUAUUGGAGCAUCGUGUUGGCAUCAGUUUUUAAAAGAAUACCCGUCCUAAUCAAGAAGUGCUGUGGAUGAGUUUGUAUCCUGCAGCUGACAGCACAACAGUUGCCCAGUGUAAAACCAACCCAACACACGGGGUCAGCUCUCUAACAUCAGUGGUUUGGAGGCUCAGCUUGCCAAGCUGGUAGCUCAUUCCUGCACUGUUAUCAUCCAUCAAAUCCUAAUUUUUUUUUGGCUGUUUAAGUUCAGACAAGCCUAACUUCAUAUGUUGCCACCUUGCAAUCAACGUAUUUGUAACCAAAUUUUGGAGCCUUGUGCUGUUGAAAGGCUGGGAUAACAUCAAACAUGCACGGCACGUGUGUGAAUAUCAACUAUAAGCACAGAUUAAAGUCGGCGACAGAAAGAACUCCUCGCCUCUGAAGUGAGCUUUGUGUUGAUCUCUACGUCUGUGCGCUUCUGGGGAGAGGAAGAGCUCUCUAUUGGCUGAGAUUUAGUUGAUGAAAUCUGACCCGUGGUAAUUUGAUAACCACAUAAUAGGAUUAAUUAGCUGAUCCUGAGUCAAAUGGUCUCAAUUAGCCGUAGGGCCUUUACAGGCAGGGAAGGAAAUAGAUAGAGAGGGGAGAGAUAAUGAAACAGUUCCACAGUCACCGAUUACUCCACCACAAUGAAUACACACACAGGCACACACACACACUUCAAGAAGCUAGAAAUCACUCAACAUUCGAUGAAGCUUCCUCCUCCAACCCCCCAAACUCCAUCUCCUUUGCUGCAUUUUAUUAAUGUCAUGUUUUGUUAAUCUAUUUGCACAUCAGGCGAUAUGUUGGCGGCAUUGUUUUAUUUAUUUUUUUCCUUGAGGGACCAACGGAUGAACUGGGAGUCCUUGAAAACACUUUAGAGAACAGUGAAGGCCACUCAGACAUCUAAAAGACAGAGAAUCUUUAUCUCAAACUAAAUGAACUCGGUCCAUGAUUUUUGUUCUAAAAUAAUGCUGGUUGGAUAUGCUUCAUUUUGCUUCAAUGCAUCUUUGUAAAUAUGUGUAAUUAUUAAAAAUGAUACUGGUUUUCCGUGAA